CGCCCCCUGCUUUUCUGGAUUCGAGCCUGAGAGGCGGGGGCGGCCCGAGGGUGACAGGAGCGAGGUCGCCGGGCGAGCCAGCGGUCUUCUCCUGCGGCCGGGAGCGGGCUGGCUGGGGGCGGGGCUCUAGACCCUGUAGCGGCGGGCUAGCGGCGCAUCCUGCGCGCUGUUAUCUGCGGCCUCCGUCGGAGCGCACAGUGAUAUCCUGAGAGAAGAUGGGAAAGGGAUGCAAGGUUGUGGUUUGUGGAUUACUAUCUGUGGGGAAAACUGCGAUUCUGGAGCAGCUUCUUUAUGGAAAUCAUACCAUUGGAGUGGAAGAUUGUGAAACAAUGGAAGAUGUAUACAUGGCUUCUGUAGAAACUGACCGGGGAGUAAAGGAACAGUUACAUUUUUAUGACACCAGAGGCCUACAAGAAGGCGUCGAGUUGCCAAAGCAUUAUUUUUCAUUUGCUGAUGGCUUUGUUCUUGUGUACAGUGUGAAUAACCUUGAAUCUUUUCAAAGAGUGGAGCUUCUGAAGAAAGAAAUCGAUAAAUUCAAAGACAAAAAAGAGGUUGCAAUUGUUGUAUUAGGAAACAAAAUUGACCUUUCUGAGCAGAGACAAGUGGACGCUGAAGUGGCACAGCAAUGGGCAAAGAGCGAGAAAGUGCGACUGUGGGAGGUCACCGUCACAGACCGGAAAACCCUGAUUGAACCUUUCACCUUAUUAGCCAGUAAACUUUCUCAGCCCCAGAGCAAAUCAAGCUUUCCUUUGCCCGGGAGGAAAAACAAAGGAAACUCCAGCUCUGAAAACUAAAAACCGGCAAUUACACCAUUGUUUGUUGAAUAGUGAUUGCCUGUAAUUGUGAAUACUGAGUAAGCUUAAUAUUUAAAUAGGCCAUUUGUGUCUACCUUUGGCCUUUAAGGAAGCUCCUAAGUAAUUUAAUGUACUUUAGGUUAUUACAAAAUUAGACUAAUUACUGCUUGAUAUGAAAUUAUUUUCAUUCCUCUUUUGAAGUCUGUCCCUGAAAUUGGCACCUGUAAUUUAUGUUGUCUAAACAACAAAAUAAAUUGGAAUGUUACGCACAUGUACAUCCA